UAUCAAACGCCUGAACGACAAAGACUUUACAUUCUUUGGUCGAAAAUAAGAUGAGUUUACUACGGAUUAAUUCUUGAUUGCACACGCUUUAUAACAUAUUGAUUAAGCCAGAAAAGCAGCAAUUAAGAAGUCCUAAUCAUUGUGGCACAAUACUUUAAAAAUAAUAUUUUCUCGAAAGAUCCUGAGAUCAUGUAGUCAGUGUAAACAAAUGGAGCAAAUUUGGAAUACGAUGGAAAACAAGUUUUGUCAUGCGUCCCUAUGAAAACUGUAAUUUGAUGCCUUGAGGACCAAAAAUGUUGGUUGAACGCUACCGUCCAAUACUGUUCAUACAGUACCUCCUCCUCAUAGUGGAUCUGUUCAUGAACUCAUUCAUUGAAAUGCUCCGAUUUGAGAAUGUCAUCCUUUUAGUGCUUUAUGUUAUUCAGGAUGUAUGUAUCUUGUUUGCGGUUAUCGUGGUAUUCCUGCUCUUCUUCAACACCUACAUCUUCCAGGCCGGCCUUGUCAAUAUCCUCAUCGAAAAAUUCAAGGUCGCUAUAGGAAUAACCUUUAUUUACUUUGGACUGAAUGUUGGUCUUCAUGUAUGGGAAAUGACUUUAAGAUGGGAUGACCCAAACCAGUACAUCUGGGAGACACCUGGGUUUAUCCCUUUGUUUGUAAUACAAAGAACCGGUGCUGUACUGUACUACUACUUCUAUAAGAGAACGGCCCUACAGCUAGGAGACCCCAGGUUUUACCAAGACUCUGAAUGGAUCAGAAAAGAAUUCGAAAGAAGGAGAUAACGCUAGAUACCCAAAAGAGUUUAUUUUCUGUGGUUGUGAUACGCAUAGACCUUGUUUGAAUCUUCUGCCAGUGAUAUUGAUAAACUGUAGAAUAUUUUUAUCUGUGCAGUUUAAAUUAUGUUGUGGAUGAUAUAAACAGAUUACAGGUACUAGUUGGUUAUCAAAUUUAUACAUUUUGUGAUAUACAUCGUAUCAUGUAUUUAUAUACACAAUGCUAGAUUUUAAUAUUUGAAUGCUAUCUGAUUAUUGUCCAUUGACCAGUACAUUGUAAAUAGGUAACAUAUAUAAUGUUUAUAAUUUUUUAUGAAAAAUAAUCUCUGUUAAUAAACAAUUUUUAGGCUAACACUUA